AUGCUCUGGUUCUACGUUCUCGCAACAGUCGCUCCCGUUUUCGGGGCGAGCGGUUCUUCCAAGAGAGCCCAAAAGCCGCAAAUGGGCACGUGCAAACCUCACAUCUCCGUCCGUGAACGAGACUUUACUGAUCUUCGGGCAGGGUGGAAUUCUUGGAACACCUUCAAGCUCGGAAUCAACCAGACGAUUGUCGAAGGAACCGCGCAAGCUUUAGUGGAUACUGGACUUCGUGAUGCUGGCUACACGUACCUAGUCAUGGAUGAUGGCUGGCAAAAUCUUACCAGAGGUCCGGAUGGGAGGCAACAAGCCAAUGCCACGCGCUUUCCCUCCGGCCUUAAGGUACUUGCCGAUGAGGUCCAUAAGAAGGGCCUCAAGUUUGGCUUAUACAGACUGGGGUAUGGACUAUCUGAAGGAUUCUACGGCAAUACCCGACCACUCCAGGAGCGCUUCCAAAUCAUGUCUCACGCUUUGAAGAACACAGGUCGCGACAUCUUCUACGCAGUUUGUCAAUGGGGCCACCAGUGGCCCUGGUACUGGGCCGACCAGUUCACUGAUUCAUACAGAAUGUCUGGGGACAUCCACGCCAAGUUUCGCGAUGACGGGAACUCCGUCUGCAAGACUGCCUACUGUCUCAACACUGGCUACGCUGGUGUUAGCGUUCUGACCAUGAUUCGCAAGAUGCGCGAGAUCUCUGGAUUCCAGAAGAAAGGCUCCUGGGCUGAUAUGGACAUGCUCGAGGUUGGCGUCAACCGCAACUUCACACUUCACCAGGAUCAGACCCACCUGAGCUUCUGGGCAGCCUUGAAGAGCCCUCUCAUCAUUGGUGCGGACAUAAGAACAAUCAGAAAAUCUUCUCUCGAUGUGCUGUUGAAGAAAGAUAUCAUUGGAAUCAACCAAGAUGACCUCGGGGUAGCUGUCUCUUAUGUAGCUGAACUCUCCAAAGAGGACGAAAUCCAGGUCUGGGCUGGACCUGUGAAGUACAAAAAGUACAAUCAUGUUGUGCUUGCUCUCAACUACAAUGUGGUGAAUCACACCACUGAUAUUGAGCUGCCAUGGUCAAAACUUCCCGGGUUCCAGGGUUGCAAGAACGGUAAUGUCCGUGUCAGAGAUGUCUGGGAGGACAAGGAUCUGGGAUCUCAGAAAGAAAGUAUUUCCCUCCAGGAGGUGACGCAGGAUCAAACGAAGGUGUUGCUGCUUUUCUGCAAGUAG